AUGGAUGGAUCACCACCAAAAGCCAACCGGAAGGUGCGUUUUUCUCUACCCGAGCCCGCGGUCCCCGCUGUUCCUUCGACAACUCCUGUCCAAAAGCAACGGAUGGCCCACGGCACGAUGCAGUACGUGAAUGGAACGCUCAUCAGCCAAUCUGCACAGACAUCAACCUCGGCCCAAUCUCGCUCUCACCAAUCCCUUCAAAUCACACCCACGCCCACAUCCGCCGGAUCCGUGACCGGAUUCAAACCGAAGGAACUGAACAACAAAAUCGUACUUCACCUGCGCCCAUCCGUCAGUUCGCUUGACAGUGGCAGCGAGUUGUCCUCACCGAAGGGUUCACCAGGUGGCUCCACCGAUGCGAAUCGAGCAUCGAGACAAAAACCGUACGCGGUGAAAAGCGGGUCCACUGGUGCUUCUGGUGCCGGUGGGGCUAGUGGUGGAGGCGCACGGUCUCUCAAGUCGCUGCCUCAGAUUAACCAGAAGUACCCGAGCACGGAAGACGUGAAUAACAACGUCGGUGGUGUGAAUCGGCAGAGACCAGCCGAAGAUUUGAGCAGCUCGAUUGCUGGAGGUUUGUGGACACAUCCGUCUAAGAAACCUACCAUUAUACUGCGCACGAUUUCGAACAGUAGUACACAAACGCAUGCCUCGAAAGCCCCGCCGAUUUCGGGGCGAACUCGCACGAAAUCGGUUGGAAAACUACCGGGAGGAAUGGGGACCGGAGGGCGCCACCCAAAGGGCCUUAUCUCACCCCACCUGGCACCGAUGGAUGGCAGAGGACAGGAGAGCCUGUCGGGAGUGAAUAAAAUUCCGGGCGAGUCGAUUGCACCAGUCGAUGGAAAGGACCGCCGUGGCGAGGAGAUCAACGUGUCCAGUAUUAUUCGCCAGCCCAAUGUAACCGGCGGUGGUCAUCGAUCGGUGUAUGGAAAGGGCGGACAGUUUCUGGUCGUGCCGGAGUAUAGCGACAGGUACGAGGGCAUGGAGACGGCCGUUUCAGUGACGGCACAUGACGAGGAGGAGGACGAACUCGAUGAUAGUGAGCAGGAUGGAAGCCGGGGUAGUGGUGGAGAAGAACGAGGUCUAAACGGCCACGAGCAGUCUGAGAAUGGCGGUGAUGCGUCGAAGGACGACACGAAGUUCCGGUGCACCCGUGACACGAACCUCGGCCGGGAUCGAAACGCUGCACAGUUUUGGGACUUUGUCGAGAGGUGGCGCACGAAUCGAGCACUCAAGAGAGAGGAUAACCACGAACCUAGUGCACCGGUUAGUACGUCGGUACUUAUUGGAUCCGAGCGGACGAAGUCCGACAACAAAAGCCCUACGCUCAGCUCGCGGAUACGCGCCCUCAGGAUGAGCCUCGAGCAGGUGCCAACGGUGACGACGCUGCUGCGUGCUUCCCGGGACGCGAACGAGUACCUGCUGAAGGAGGUGUUCCGGGACAUCCUGGAAAAUGGCAUCUCAAAGGACAACCUCAACUCGACCGAUCGCAGCGGACGGACGGCCAUAUCGUACAUCUGCUCGACGAAUUUAACUAACUUUUUGGAGCUGUUUCUGCAACUGCCCGGCAUCGAUGUUAACAAACCGGACAACGAGGGCAACACUCCGUUGCAUUUUGCGGCACAAGCUGGUCUCUCGGAUGUGGUUAAUAUGCUCAUCACCAAGUGCCGCAGUUUGACGAUCGACCCAAAGAACAACCUCGGUUUCACGCCGCUCAUGAAGGCCGCCCUUCAGGGACGGACACGCUGCGCCAAACUGCUGCUCUUCGCUGGGGCAUCGCCAGUCGAAACCGAUGCCGGACGAGGGUUUAGGGCGGAACAGUGGGCCCGCUUCUGUGGCAGGCACACAUGUGCGGAAACGAUAGAACAAUGUGCCCGUGCUCGGUUGUUGGACAAAUCGACUCCUUGUGGCCGGUGGUCGCAUGACAUCAAUAUUCCGGUGGACAAGAAUGCACUUAAGGCGCGAAGCUGCAGCAUUACGCCACAACCGACGCAAAAUGGAUUCCGCUCGAAGUUCCGCAAAGUAUUUCCCUUUAACUUCAACUCCUCCAAGGACUCGAAGACGGCCAACAAGGAGGGCGAGGAGAACUACACCAAGGAUCUGGUGAACUACCUGAAGUCGGCCACACUGUGCGUGAGCGGCCCGGCCCUGUCUGCCAACCGGAAGAUCAUCCAAAGUCUGAUCCGACCGUUGGAAGUGCCAAAACUAGAGGUGACGUACGCGAAUAAUAACGCGCUUAUCAAAAAAUACGAAGCGUCGCUGGAAACCAACGGAUCGACGGACACCUCCCGCCGCAGUUCGGUGGAUAGUGGUUCUACUGACAGUCGGAACGCGACACCGGCACACUCUCCGGUUCCAGCACGAGCGAAGGUUCGAAACUAGAGCGAAUUGGACGGCCUAGGGUGCGAUUCUGGAGCGCAACUGUACAGCACACCAACAGUGGGAUCGUCUGCUUCGGUUGGUCAAUCAACACCGCAAGAUUAUGGUUAGGUUUACGGCUUCCAGACUAACAUAUUCUACUCAGCUGGGCAUAUCUCCUUUGCCGAAUACUUCAACGGCGGUGGCACUAUUCUUCUCAUAGACUGCUAGUGUACCCUUCACCUUCUAGAGACUUCACCGUUUGCAUCGGUUUAUCGCUAGGUUGAAUAUGUAUGAAACUAGAUGUUUAAUGUUACCGUAAAGUGUAAGCGCAGUAUCAGUUCGUCAUGAUGGGGUGCUAUGGAGCACGAUUGCAUAGAACAUUGCAGGGGAAGAUGGCCGUUGAUCUGCAUUCUCCCGUAAGAUAGGUAUAAGCGACACCAAACGCUGUUACACGAUCAUAGUAACGGUGAGAAUGUAAUGCUUUAUAGAA